AUGCACCGUUUGUUCUGGCGUGAAUCUGAAAACGAACCACUAGAAGAAUACGUCAUGACAGUAGUGAUAUUUGGCGAAAAGUCAUCGUCGUACAAUGCAGUACGUGCGAUGGUUCAAUGUGCAAGGCAGCACAUGAGCAUAUAUCCAGACGCAUCGAACGUUAUAAUAAACUCAUUCUACAUAGACGACGGGAUGUUUGGAUGUGACAACCCGAAUGAACUCAAGUUGCUAUGCAAAGAAGUUGAAGUGCUGGGGCAAGGCCAUUUUUUACUAAAAGGCUGGAGCUCGAACAGUAAAGAGGUCGAAACACAUAUGAAUGCAUCAUCGUCAAGCGAAACCAUCAUUGGAGAAAAAGAUGAAGAAAAGAUACUCGGCCUGCGAUGGUUAAAAUCAUCAGACGAGCUAUCAAUAUUUGUCAAGCCGACGGAAGAAAGCGAAAACUACACUAAAAGAGCUAUUUUAAGCAAAAUAGCCAGUCUUUAUGAUCCGAAUGGAUUCAUUGCACCGGUGAUUGUCAAAGCGAAAAUCUUAAUGCAAGACAUUUGGCGUUUAAAGAAUAUAAGCUGGGACCAAUAUGUGCCAUUCGAAAUAAGCAAAGAAUGGGCAAAGAUAUACAACAAUCUGCAUCUGCUGUCCAAUUUCAGAAUGAAGCGUUGGAUGACAACCAAUAAAAAGGCAAAAAUACAAAUACAUGCUUUCUGCGAUGCAUGCACAAAAGCAUAUGGCACCUCAAUUUACGUAAGGGUGGAAAACGAAGACAAGCAGAUAUUUACCACCCUCUUAUCCGGCAAAUCAAAAGUGGCACCAUUAAAAAGCAUAAAAGAUAAUGCUACACAGGCAGAAAAAGCUAAAUCUGCCCCACUAGAAUGCAGCACAAUUCCUAGACUCGAAUUACAAGCGGCAUAUAUGCUAAGUAUCCAGCUAGAGGCUAUAAUACAGGCAUGCGAGUUCGAAAGUGUAGAUGUGACCCUCUGGUCCGAUUCAAUGGUAGCUCUAAGUUGGAUAAGAAAACGACCAAAUGAAUUAAAAGCAUUCGUCGCGAAUAGAGUACGAACAAUACAAGAAAAAACCAAGCAGUACAAAUGGAAGCAUGUAAGAACAGAGGACAAUCCAGCUGAUUUGGUCAGUAGAGGAAUGUACGUGCAAAGCUUCUUGAAGAGUAAACUCUGGACAGAAGGCCCGAGCUGGCUAAAGCAGCCAGAGAGUGAGUGGCCAAAGCCGAUGAUGGUCAUUUCCCCUGAAGAACAAAAUGAAGUUAAAAAAGAAUGCAAAGCCAAAGAAAAUGCAGAUCAUGUAAUGCACAUGACGACUGGCAAAGAAAAAACAAUGCUAUAUGAUAAAUUCCAAGAUUGGGAUAAAAUCAUAAACAUAACAGCAUUUACACUAAGGCUGAUAGAAAUAGUACGCAGAAGAGCAUGCAAACAGAAAGAUAUCACACACAGAGGAUAUGUAAGAGCCGCUGAGCGAAUCAAAGCGAUUGAAUUCUGGGUGAAGUUUGAGCAAAGACGCAUGUUCAGCGAAGAAAUGAAAUGCAUUGAAGCAGGUGAGAAUCUACCACCAAAAAGCACUCUAACAUCUCUGAGGCCAUAUUUGGAUAAGAAUGGCAUUCUCAGAGUGGGUGGUCGCAUAGAUAAAGCAAACAUUGCGUUUGAAAAUAAGCAUCAAUACAUCAUUCCUCAUAAAUCAAGGCUAUCGUAUCUGUUGUGUAAAUAUGCUCAUGAAGCAACUAUGCAUGGAGGUGCACAGUCAAUGAUUCAGUUCAUCCGCAGAAAUUUCUGGAUACAAAAGAUCCGAUUCGAAGCACGGAAUUUCAUCGCCUCAUGUGUUCAAUGUGUAAGGCAUACACAAAAAACAACAAAUCAAAUUAUGGCCGAACUGCCAGCAAUAAGACUAAAGCCAGCACCACCAUUUCAGCAUAUGGGUGUCGAUAUGGCCGGCCCAUACCAUUUGCGGGUCUCCGAAAAGAUAAAUACGAAUACAAGAGCACGUGCCCUUCCUGAAAUGAAAGGAUGGAUUGCAGUGUUUGUCUGUCUAGUUACUAGAGCAGUUCAUCUAGAGCCCGUGGAAGGCAUGUCGGCACAUGAUUUUCUAGCGGCAUACACAAAAUUCACAAGCAGGAGAGGCAAUCCUGAAAAGGUCUAUAGUGACCAUGGUACAAACUUCAAAGGAACAGAUACCGAACUAAAAAAAGCAUUCGAAGGCUGGCAAAGCGACCUAGUCCAGAGGCAUGCGUACUCGAAAGGAUCAGAAUGGCAUUUUAUAACCCCAUCAGCCCCACACGUAGGAGGGAUCUGGGAAGCAGCAGUAAAGCAAAUGAAGCAUCAUUUGAAGCGUGUCAUUGGUACACAAAAAUACUCCUUCCAAGGCAUAACAACACUUUUAGCGGGUGUUGAAGCAUGUCUAAAUUCUAGACCCAUUUGCAAAAUGUCAGACGAUCCAAAGGAUCAAGAAGCACUGACUCCAGCACAUUUUUUGAUCGGCAGGCCGCUGAAACUCCCAAUGCAAGAGAAAUUUGAAGAACCACCACGCAGCAUGAAGAGCCUUUAUACGCAGAUACAAUUCCAAAUACAAGCAUUUUGGAAACAAUGGUCAAAUGACUAUUUGCAUUCGCUAAUCCAACUGCCUAAAUGGCGAGCAGAACAAGAAAAUCUAAGCAUCGGACAAUUAGUUGUUAUCAAAGCUGACAACAUUGCCCCAACAUAUUGGAGUAUGGGCAGAAUUACCCAAACUCAUAAAGGCAGCGAUGGCAAAGUAAGAUCUGUAUCGCUAAAGACGCAAACAGGCCAGCUGGAACGUUCAGUAAGAAAAAUAUGUGUGCUUCCGGACGAUGUUGAACUUUCCUAUUGGAAGUAA